UGAAAAGUCAUCCCAAGACUUAAAAAAAGGAAGUUGUCAACAUGUUGGCAACUUCCUAUGAUUCAAAAUAAAGUUACCUAGUUGUCUAAAUCUCAUUAAAUUUGACUAUGCUUCAUCCAUACAUGUCAAUAGAAAAGAAGAUUAUUAACAUGAUAUAAAUGUAUUAUAAUAUCCUCAAAAGAUAUAUAGACAGAAAUUGAAAGAGUUGGCCUUGUUUUUUUGCUGAAAAUGUAUGUAACAAGGCCUCUGUCUUACUACCAAAAGAAUCCAGAUGCACUUUCAAUACCUCCUGAAGGUCCAAAUUCUGGUUACUUAGUGGUUCAAGAUGAGGAAUCUGAAACAUAUUGUUGUUUUGGACUUUGCAAAAAUAAUGAUAUCAUGGACAUGCCUUUCCCUCAGAACAAGGAGCUGACUGUUCGAUACGUAUCAGGUGGUGGUGAGAACAGGCAUGUUAGCAGGGAGGAUGUACUAUUCAUUCCUGUUCUUAAUAAGCCAUUGUCUUCCAAUCAAUAUUAUGCUAUCAAGCCUCAUGGAAGGCACAAGGGACAAGCAUUUACUUGUUCAACGGAGGAAGAUAAGCAAACCUGUUGUUUCUGUAGAUGUGUACGAGACGUUAAACCAAAACCAUUAGAUCCAGAUGAGGCAUAUCAGCAGUUUGAGAUUUGUCUAUAUGAUACAGGUUGCCAAGCCAAAGGUAACUUUUUUGCAAAGUCUCUUGCACCUGAUGCUUUUCCGCCGUACUUUCUAAGGCGAAAAGGCUGGCAUCUUCUUGCCGAAACUCCUAGAAAUUAUGAAUUAAACCAUGAUGCUCUAGGCCUCAAUGCUGCAUUGAGGCAACAACUUCCACAGUUCAAUUUAACACCAUCUAGUAAAAGUUCUGAAGUUGUUGUCGUGGGAAAAUGGUAUUGUCCUUUCAUGUUUAUCAAAGAUGGAACAGAACUUAAAGAUCAAAUGAAGAGAUCGAUGUUCUAUGAAAUGACACUUGAGCAGAGAUGGGAGCAGUUUUUCACUUGUCAAAAUGACAAAAUUAAUGAAGGGAAUUCAGUAGUUGUGGAUGUUGCACUUGACACAGAAGUUGUUCUUCUUGCCGGAACUAAUAAAGCAACAUGGGAUGAUAAAAACGUCGUUGAAGGAGUAAUAUGGUUUAGAAGCUGUGGUAAAGAUGGAAAUGAAGUAACAAGUUUGGGAUUGAGACGAGAAAUAGUUCAAAGAAUGAAGUGGGAACAAGAAAGAGGUGGAUGGCAAAAACAAGGGAGGAUUAAACAAGUUGAAGAAAACAGAGAAAGUAGUACUGGUUGGAGAAGAUUUAGUUGCUAUGUUUUGGUUGAGAGGUUUGUGUUGAGGAGAAUGGAUAAAAGCUUAGUGAUGACUUGUGAUUUCAAACACAUUGACAAGGUUAAAAGCAUAUGGGAGUAGGGAUGAAACCACAUAUAGUAUGGUUCGGACCGUCGAGAAAUGUUGUUGCACCUGCAUUGGGUCCUCCAAAGAUAUACUACUACUUUUUGAGGAUCUGGCAUGGCACGUACCCUGUGGUAUUUUUGAAGGUUCCAAGGAAUCGUGUGAUCAUUUUUUUGAUUAAAAAGGUUGUAUCAAAUUCUAUCAGUGUGAUUUAGCAGAUUGUAGUAGGUUACUCUAUUUUCCAUGUUGCAAUAUCAGACUUGCUAUGAAGAAUGUAUGGUUAUGUAUAUUGUAUAUGUCACUUGUAUAUUAUUGUAUCUCAUGUAUAUAUCAUGUAAUGUACUUUAGUGAGAAAAAAAAUCCUGUUGAUAGUUAA